AGGAGGUUAUGUUGAUAUUGUCUCAUAGGCAAUUCCAUAUAACAAUGACUAAUAGAUAACAAACAAAGGAGUAUACACUUAAACGCCUGGGAGUGGAUUUAUCUCUAUACUGUUUUUUCAAAAAACUUACAUACUCACUAUAAUUGUAAUUUGUGUACCCAGUGAAUCCACCUCGUACCAGCAUACAUGUAUGUUCAUAAAAUUAUCCAUAUCCCGUAUUUGCAGUUUGCUUUUUAAUCUACCUCUGUAUUCACUGUUUACCUUUUUUUUAACACAAUUUACCUCUAUAUUCACACGUGUGAACGGUGUUCAUAAUUGUAUUACAUAAUUAUCGAAAACAUACAUGCACUUAUUAGCACUCGAAAACAUAUACUGGGCUAUUCAGUCCAAACGUAUCACUUGAAGUUAGCGUUCCCAUUUGAUUCUUAUAAUAAAACUGCAUUCAGGCAGUACGUUUAGUCCGAAUAGCCAAGUAUCCAUUAAUAGCAAGUGCAAUACGCGUAAGAUUACAUAUAACAUUUAAAAACUGAAAAUUAUUUUAAAAAUAUAUUGAACCAAAAAAUAUGGUAAAAAAAUAAAAAUAUCCAUCCACCUAUUUACUUCCAUGCUCUGAAUCUGAUUAAGUGUAUCCAACUAAACUGUUAAUUAAUUUCGUCAACUCAAUCAUUUUGCGCCAAUAAAGGUGUCGGAAACUAUACCAACGUACAUGCACACUAUUUGUAUACACAUAUACCUGGGUGACAUUACGUCACGACGUCUCCAAUACCUCAAUGCUAUACAUCCCAGUCAUCCAGUGUAACAUUUGCUAAGACGUGAGCCUGAGCUUUGUCGUUGAUUUUUUCCUUUCUUUUUACUUAAAGAAAAAAUAGUUUCCAGGGUUAGAGAUAGAGUAAGAGUGACAACCGCAAGGGAAAACAGACCUACCCAGAUAGUUAUACUGAUACACGUUGAUGGAUAUAGUGCGCAGAUGGUGUCCGCAUAUGUGGAAAUGCUUUACACUUCUACGUUAAGACACCUUGUAAAACAAUAAAAUAUUUCUGUACAUAAAUCAAAGGCAUGCAUAUACGCAUAUGGUUACUGUGAUACCGACAGGCAAACGUGCCCAACGCACCCAGUCGGUAUUCGUUGGUAGAAAAGGGGAAGCAGUCGCGUAAAAAAAGAUUGUAUAGACUGAAAUAUUUUUGUGUAAUUUUAGUUUUUUUUUUAUAAUUAAUAUUUUCUUGUGAUAUUAAAAAAUUUGGUGUACAAUAAUAUAUUUGGUGGUGUUCGUCAAACUUGUGAAAAAUUAUGAAGCUUUUUGGUGUGAGUGUAUCACGCGAACUUGUUUAUCAGUAAUGAAAGACUCUCGUUACAGUUACUCUAUGGAACUCUGGGUGCCAUUUCUCUUAUUGGUUCUGGUAUGACUAUGGGUUAUUCUGCUGUGGCUUUGCCUUCAUUGGCUAAUGGGACGUCUGGUGUAUACGUGGUAGAUGACAGUGCAACGUGGUUUGCUUCGUUGCCUAUUAUCGCUACUCCACUUGGAUCGGUGAUAAGUCUAAUUACCAUGAAAGCUGGAAGAAGAGUCGCCAUCGCUUCUAGCACUUCUGUAUGCACCAUCAGCUGGAUAACAAUAGCUUGCAGUUACGACGUGCCGCAAUUAUUGUUCGGUAGAAUCCUUGGUGGAGUCGCUAUAGGGUUGGUGUCGACACCUAGCGCCGUUUAUGUAGCUGAAAUUUCGUCACCAAACAUCACGACGGUGUUGACGGCGUUGACAGCACUGACAAUGGCUAUGGGUGUUUCGAUAGUGUAUUUUUUAGGUUAUGUCACUCAGCGCGACUGGAGAAUGACUGCUAUACUUUCGAGUAUUGCACCAUUUUUUUUAACAGCAGCCAUCAUCAUUUCACUUCCGGAAAGUCCUCGAUGGCUUCUGUCACGGAAGCGUCACGAAGACGCUCGGAAGGCUCUCUUGCGUCUUCGUGGAUUAAAACAGGAGACUGAGUCGUUCAAAGAAGAAUUUGCUGAUAUGAUAAGUAAUAGUUUGAAGAAUUAUGAAGCGGAAACAAGCACAGGGAUAGGACAGGGUCCGACGUUUGUCCCAGAUCCUGGUGCAUCGCAGACAGGGAUACCAACCCCAUCUAGAAUCAAAGAUUCUGGUACCAGCAUCGUCAAUAUUGUUUGGAAGAAGUCACGUGAUAUACUUAGGAUUAUUAAAAUCCCAGAAGUUUGGAAACCAUUUAUUAUCCUAAACAUGUUCUUCUUCUUUCAACAAUUCUGUGGUAUCUACGUGCUCAUCGCUUAUUCCGUGGACCUAAUCUCAAACACUGGUAUCACUCAAGAUCCUUACGUCAUCACUGUUUUCAUAGGAUUAAUACAAUUGGUAGCGAGCAUAACGUUGGUUUCUUCUAGUACAAGAAUUGGCAGGAGAUCGAUAGCAAUGAUAUCUGGUGUCGGUAUGUCAGUAUCCUUAGCUGUGCUGGGAGUGUACAACCAAUUUUUUAGAAACGACGCCAUAUCCGGUCUACCACUAGCAUGCAUACUCUUUUUCAUUGCGGCAGGAUCAUUUGGUUUUGCUUCGCUUCCUUGGGCGAUGAUUGGUGAACUUUAUCCAACGCGUUACGUCAGCAUCCUGGGACCAAUCACAACGUGUUUUGCUGGAUUUUAUCAAUUUGCCACCGUCCAAUUAUACCCGACGUUCAUUCAGUACGAUGCAAUCGGUACGAUUUACUUUUAUUGCGCCAUAUCAGUUGCCGCGACCAUCUUUGUCGUUUUCACUCUGCCAGAAACUAUGGGCAAAUCCAAAACUGAGAUUGAAGCACGGUUCAAGGGAAUUUCGUAGAAUGCAAUUUAUCGCUGAUGAUUAUUAGACUUUUAUUAAAAAUGAACCGAAAUUCAUUCGUUCAUCGUCAUUAUUUAUUAACAUAAUAGAUAAAUGACAAUGAUUACCAGUAGGUAUUGAAGAGAAAUAGUAUUGCCAUCUGGUAUAUGCAAUUAUCAUAAGAGAUAUCUUGAAAAUAUUUCGUUUUUAUCCAGUGAUUAUUAGUUCGAAAAUUAAACACUAGAUGGCAAUAACGUUCAGACUAACUGUAAAUAUAGCCGGGCCGGAAUAUCAUUGUGUCUUAUGCACGGGACUUCUUCAAACCACACUAGUUGGCAUGUUAUUUGGCAUUCAUAAAAUAUGUGAACAGAAAUAACAUUUAUAUAUAAGAUUAUCGUAAGAUUAAGUUGAAUUGUUAGAAUUGCCUGUAGAAUUUUGAAAAUAUUAAAAUUCCCUUUAAUAUA